GUCUUUAAUAUAUUUUGUAACCGGAACCUUAAUAAGUAAGCAUUUUAUGGAUAUUAUGAAGUGCUCAGGCAUAUGUAAACUUAUUUAUUUAGGUUGAGAAUGUGAUAUUUUUUUGUUUUAUAUUAUAAAUGCGACUUUUACAUUGUAUACACGCUGACUAGUUCCAUGUGGUUGAUUUUAUGUAUAAUUAAAGGUAGGCCUUAAGGUAGGCAUUUGUAUUUUUCAGAAAUACCAGUACUGUAUUAUAAUUUUUUUAUUAUGUAAAAGGGACUAGGCAAGUAAUGACAAGAUAAUAAUUUAAUUUAAGUAUUUAAUCGGGUAUAAUUUAAAUACUGAAAUAUAUCAAUUGUUCUUGACAAUCAUUCAUCUCCUCUCUAUAUUACAAAUAGCACUAAAUGCUUUUUUCAAUGUAUUUAAAAAGCCAUUUCCAGUGAAAUUACAGAUUGUGGUUUUACAGUUAAUUUUGACUUGUACUGUAUCGGUUCAGUAUAUAUGUACUUUAACACACUGUUUCAACCUUCAGAUAAUGAAGAUAAACAUGUAAACUUGACCUACCAUAGCAUAAUAGAAACUGAUAACAGAAUACAUGUACACACAAUCAACAAUGGCUACUAACUCAGACUUCCAGUUCAGUCAUGAUGGACAAUUCCAGGUGUCCCAGGAGAUGAAGGAAGCCUUCAAGGACAAUGGAUUCAUCUUUCUAAGGAAUCUUCUAUCACAAGAGGAAGUUCAGAAACUGAAGGGUGCUUUAGAGAGUGAAGAUGGAGUUAUGAAGCAUGUAUAUGGGCGUGAUGAUGGUGCUGGCAGGAAAACUAAGUCUGUGCUGUGGAACCAACCAGGAAGUGACAUCACAGGGGUAGCCUCUAGGACUGAGAAAAUAGCUGGCACAAUGGAGCAGCUUCUAGGAGGAGAGGUUUACCAUUAUCAUUCUAAGGUCAUAAUGAAGGAUCCCCACACAGGAGGUGCUCAUGUGUGGCACCAGGAUUAUGGGUACUGGUACCUUAAUGGGUGUCUCUUCCCAGACAUGGGCACAGUGUGGAUGGCAGUAGACAAGGCAACACAAGACAAUGGCUGCUUGAAGGUUGUCCCUGGGUCCCAUAAGCUUGGGCGUAUAGAACAUGGUCAUGUGGGAGACCAGGCAGGUGCUGAUCUGGAGAGAGUUGAACUGGCAACUAAACAGCUUGGUCUUGUACAUUGUGAGAUGGAGCCAGGAGAUGCUUUAUUCUUCCAUUGCAAUGUCCUUCAUCGUAGCGAUCAGAACAACAGUCCAAACAGACGCUGGGGCUUCCUCUGCUGCUACAAUCGUGCCAGCAACAACCCAGUCUAUGAGCACCACCACCCAUGCUACUCAAAACUUGACAAGGUUCCCGACUCUGCCAUCAUGGAAUGUGCAAAUCUUACAGACACAUCAGGAAAAGACUUCUUCAGCCUCAGUCAGGACUUUAGCAUCAAACAGAUUGACAAACCAGAGGCUGGGAAAUAAACAUUAAUAGCAGCCAAUUAUGGCUUAUCAACAUCGACAUAAAAGUAAACUAUAUGAUGUUACCCACAAAUGGACACUGAAUAUGCCAUGUGGGCAGUUCAUGAACAGUUGUCUCAGGAUAAGGAAAAUAAAGAACCUUAUUGUAUGUAAUUCAGGCUCUCUCUUUGCCUGUGUAUCGAGUCAGAAAAACGUCAGAUAUUCGUCAAUAAAAAAAAUAUUCUACGAUAUUGUACAUGUCAUUUAU